AUGCCAUUAUCCGCCAUAGAAGUCAGGAUGGACGGAGUUCAACGCAGCGGCAAAGUCAACAAAGCAGAUGGCCGUUGGUUGUUGGUAGCUGUGGCGGAUUUCAAGGGUCCGACUCAGUUUGAAUAUCUGAUCCACACAUCCACGCCCGGCGCGAAAUCCGGCCUGGUUGGGUCGCGUCCUGGAGUCGCGCACAAACUGAAACCACCUGGAACCUAG